AAACCAUCACAUAAAAUACUAAUAUUAGAAGAACAUACUAAAGAGUUUUAGUACACAAAUAAAAAAAAAGCCUACCUUAAUUACUUUUCUCUUGUCCUAUGCCACCCCUUUUAAUAUCAUUGUCCCACCACAAUUAUUCCACAACCUUUGAAAGCAACAUUAGACCCCAAUAAUAGUAAGCACGUAGCCAAUCUUAACCCCUCAUACUUCUUACCCUUACGUGUAUACUUUCUAUUCCUCCCAAAAUCCCUUCAUAUUACCCACUUAAAACAAACAAAAUAAUAUAACCUAAUACAAUCUAGCUUCACUACCCUCUUCUAAACAUAAAGAUUCCUCUUUUUUGUUUUUGUUUUCUCAAGUUUUCUUCCAAAAGAUGGCUUCUAUGGUCUCGACGCGUGUAGUGCACUGCGAGCUGCAGACGUCUAGGCAGGCCCCAGUGAGAUUGGGGCCUGACUCGACGAGCAGUCCUGACCAGGCUAAGAUUAUUCUACAACCAAGGUUGUGUACCCUUAGAUCGUAUGCUUCUGAUCGUGGUAGCGGGGUGAUCAAGACGAUUGUCACUAAAUCGAAGGACGGUAGUGGUGGUUUUGAUGUUGAUGGGAUUGACCAAGGAGAAGAGUUAUUAUUGUCUCCGUUUUUGGCGAAUUUGUAUGAGUAUAUUGAAAGUAGUAAGAAGAGUCAAGACUUUGAGAUUAUCACCGGUCGAAUUGCUAUGAUAGUGUUUGCUGCAACAAUUGGUGUGGAGUUAGCAACAGGCAACUCUGUCUUUAAGAAAAUGGACGUGGAAGGGAUAACUGAAGGCUUAGGGGCGUGUAUGGCAGCAGUGGGUUGCGCCGCGGCUUUUGCUUAUUCCUACAAUGCGCGGAAGAGGGUAGGUCGUAUCUUCAGUGUCAGCUGCAACGCCUUCAUCGAUGCUCUCAUAGACAACAUCGUUGAUGGCUUGUUCUAUGAGAAUGAUGAAGUUGAACAAUCCAAAGACAACCUAUGAACAAAGAAUGUGCAAUGAACCUCAAUCAAGUUUUUUAUAAUUCAAUCAAUACUUUAAAUAUAUGUAUAGUCAUAUAGAUUUAUACAAUUAUAUGUAUAAGUAGCUAGUAUGAAUGUAUAUAUAGGGUUCAUAUAUAGCUAGUAAAGUUAGAUAUGAUACAGUCUUAUACGAAGUGGUAUAUAUAUGGAUUAUGAUUGACCAAAUUAUAGAAUUUACUAAGUUAGAAGCGUGAUGUAAGUGUAACAAGUAUAUGUUAGAAGUCUAUAGUCAUGUACUUCUAUACUCUAUUAAUUACUUCGGUGUUGUAUUCCUUUUGGCAUUUACAAAUACAUUUAAGGUAAAUCUAAUCGAUUGCUCAC